UGCAAUUCUGGAAGAUUCUGCAGGAAUCUUCCGAGUGGACCCCGUUUCAUUGGUUUAUUGUGGGGACUGUAUCUAGGAGCUAGGUGGGUUAGCCUUCCCUGUCAAAGCCACCACUGUGGUGGGGACUAAAGGUUUUAGGAGCCAAUGAGUGGAAUAGACUGAUACCUGCUCCUCACUGCAGACAUGUCAAAGAGACCAACCCAUGCCCCUCCCCCUCCCCCCGCCCCUACAACACAAACGCCCAACACUACCGGGUUUGUGGGGUACAACCCAUACAGCCAUCUGGCCUACAACAACUACAGACUGGGAGGGAGCCAAAGCAGCAACAGUCGGGUAACGAAUUCCCCUGGAAUAAAUAUCCCAAAGCCGCCCAAGCCACCUGAUAAGCCAUUGAUGCCAUAUAUGAGAUAUAGUCGUAAGGUUUGGGAUCAAGUAAAAGCCUCCAAUCCUGAUCUGAAGCUAUGGGAAAUUGGGAAGAUAAUCGGUGGCAUGUGGAGGGACCUCACUGAUGAGGAGAAACAGGAUUAUUUGAAUGACUACGAAGCAGAGAAGAUUGAGUAUAAUGAGAGCAUGAAGGCCUACCACAACUCGCCAGCCUACCUGGCUUACGUCACUGCAAAAAGCAGGGCCGAGGCAGCUCUGGAAGAGGAGAGCCGCCAGAGGCAGUCCAGACUGGACAAGGGCGAGCCUUACAUGAGCAUUCAGCCAGCGGAGGAUCCAGAUGAUUACGACGACGGGUUUUCUACAAAGCACUCGGCUGCAGCUCGUUUCCAACGCAACCACCGUCUGAUCAGCGAGAUCCUCAGUGAGAGCGUAGUCCCAGAUGUACGCUCAGUUGUUACCACUGCUCGCAUGCAGGUCCUCAAACGCCAGGUCCAGUCUUUGAUGGUACACCAGAGAAAGUUGGAGGCAGAGUUGCUUCAGAUUGAAGACCGCCACCAGGACAAGAAAAGGAAAUUCAUCGAAGCCACGGAGUCGUUCACAAACGAGCUCAAAAGGCUGUGCUGUAUGAAGGUGGAAGUGGACAUGGAGAAGAUCUCUGCAGAGAUCGCUGCAGCAGAAGAGGCAGCCCGCAAACGGAUGGCAGAACGUGAGAAGGAUGCGGGAGACAGAGGUGCAAGGGAUGCCCCCUCCUGUGUCUUAGCAGAGGAAGAAAAACACAUUUGUGCAACACAUGGCAACAAGUCCCAGCAAAAUUCUCUAAGUGAAAGUAGCAACAAAGAAGGCGAGGACGAGGAAUCCAACACCGUAGAUACACCAGACUCAGGGAAGCCGAAAGCCUCAGAGGAGCUUGAGGCUCAUCCAGGCAGUGAGGAAGGAGCGUCAGAGGACAAGGAGAGCGUCCCCGAGGGAGCCAUGGAGGAGGGAACCAGCGACAGUAACACAGGCUCAGAGACCACCUCUGCUCAGACAGAAGACACCCCGACUAGUGAGCCAUCAGAGGGGCCCAGCAGGGCAAGAGCAGCCCACUGAGUCCAGCACAGUUCACUGUCUGGGAACUAAAUAAAUAUCAUAUCGAUAUCACUCUCUGAUAACAUAAUAUUGCACAGCACCAUCUCAGUUUGUCGAAGCACAUGAAGAACCUUCAGAUGGGCUCAAUGUUUAACACGCCUGAGGCAAAGAUGAUGCGUUAGUUGAGUUUGAAAACCCCAAGGCUCACAGACGUGCGCCGAAAAAUAUAGAAAUGAAAAAUGUAAAAGCACUUGGAACCGACAAAGCGAUGGUCCUGUCUAAAAUCAAUGGCUGCCCAGGUGAAAGCACUACAUUUCCUCCACAGGCCUCACUGCCAUGUGGAGGACCCCAAACAAGCCCUGUUCAGCACACAUUGAUACAUAUCUCUAGCACUAUGUCUGGCAGACCCCAGAUCGCCGCUAAUUAAGACUGGCUAUAUGAAAAAAGCUGUCACAUGAAACAAACAUCGUUUAGUGUUAUAUUGAACUUUGUCCUUUGCAUUGUAGUGUCCUUGUUGCUUUUAUUGUUAUUUUUGCAUGAUGCAAUUUUUUAAAAAUAAGUUGGCAUACUUGUAAAGAGCGGAGCUGGGCGACCACCUCCUUGUUUACUAUCUGUAUCAGUAUUACAGUGACAGUAUUGUCUCAGGAGUUUGUAGUCAGUAGUGGUUAUUUUUGUUAUUUAUUAUCAGCAUUUUUAUUAUACUUGUGUAUCGGUUGUCCCAAGUCUCUCCAUGAAAAUAUCACAUGAUCAUCAAUGCUGUACAAUGCUUGACCACCAGUGUUCUGAAGUUUGCUAGCUGUCAAUCAAAUCAAAAGCAGUACGCUUAGAACAUUUCUGUGUUAUGAUCUAUAUCGCAAUUUUCAGCAGAAAACUUUUAAAUGUACCGUAAUUGUGUACACGGUGUAACGAGGUUUGCUUAAACAUGGAUUUUCAUGUCGUGAAACAGCUUGAAGAACAGUCAUAAACAUGCAGUCUUAAAAUGAAUUUCCUUUUGCAUAUUUAUACCAAUAAACUUUUCUACCCUGAACAA